AUGAGCUCCCCCGGCUCGGAGGGGGCGGGCAAGCCCCUGCAGUACCGGGUGGAUCACCUGCUGAGCGCCGUGGAGAGCGAGCUGCAGGCGGGCAGCGAGAAGGGUGACCCCACGGAGCGGGAGCUGCGGGUCACGCUGGAGGACAACGACCUGUGGCUGCGCUUCAAGGAGCUCACCAACGAGAUGAUCGUCACCAAAAACGGCAGGAGGAUGUUCCCGGUGCUGAAGGUGAGCGUGUCGGGGCUGGACCCCAACGCCAUGUACUCCUUCUUGCUGGACUUCGUGGCUGCCGACGGGCACCGCUGGAAGUACGUGAACGGGGAGUGGGUGCCGGGCGGGAAGCCCGAGCCGCAGGCGCCCAGCUGCGUCUACAUCCACCCCGACUCGCCAAACUUCGGCGCCCACUGGAUGAAGGCGCCCGUCUCCUUCAGCAAAGUCAAACUCACCAACAAGCUCAACGGCGGCGGGCAGAUCAUGCUGAACUCUCUGCACAAGUAUGAGCCAAGGAUUCAUAUAGUGCGAGUGGGUGGCCCACAGAGGAUGAUCACUAGCCAUUCCUUCCCAGAGACACAGUUUAUAGCCGUGACGGCCUACCAGAACGAGGAGAUAACAGCUUUAAAAAUUAAAUACAAUCCAUUUGCAAAGGCGUUUCUUGAUGCAAAAGAAAGAAGUGAUCACAAAGACAUGAUGGAAGAAGUGGGAGACAACCAGCAGUCUGGGUAUUCUCAGUUAGGCAGCUGGCUUAUUCCUGGGACUGGGACUCUGUGCCCACCUGCAAAUCCUCACACUCAGUUUGGAGCCCCCCUGUCACUCUCCCCUGCUCACAGCUGUGAAAGGUACUCAUCGCUGAGGAACCACCGUCCUGCCCCCUACCCCAACCCCUACACCCAUAGAAACAACUCACCAACAGCCUAUGCCGAUAACUCCUCUGCCUGCCUUUCCAUGCUGCAGUCCCAUGAAAACUGGUCUUCUCUAGGAGUUCCCACACACACGACAAUGCUGCCCAUGAGUCACAGCACUGGCACAGCUACCAGCUCCAGUCAGUAUCCCAACUUAUGGUCUGUGAGUAACAGCACCAUCACACCGGUGUCUCAGUCGAGUGGGAUGUCCAACGGCCUCAGCUCCCAGUUUUUACGUGGUUCUCCAGCACACUACUCUGCCCUUCCACACCCCGUCACUGCCACCUCCUCUGCCUCUCCCCUGUAUGAUGGGGGGGCACCCACGGACCUGCCCGACAGCCAGUACGAUGCCUCUGCACAUGCCAGGCUAGCAUCCACGUGGACGCCAGUCACCCCCCCUUCCAUGUAA